AAUGUCUUAAGAGAUCUGGGAACGAAAAGCUCGAAUACAAGAUGGAGAGCGUUCCAAAAGAGUUAAGAAAUCUUCGAGCAUGUCUUCUGUGUUCUUUGGUAAAGACCUUAGAGCAGUUUGAAUAUGAUGGCUGUGAUAAUUGUGAAAAGUUCCUCAGACUAAAAAACAACAAAGAAAAUAUCCUUACAUGUACAAGUGCAAACUUUGAUGGAAUUAUAUCCCUUAUGACACCAGAAGACAGCUGGGUGGCAAGGUGGCAACGAAUUGAUACAUUAGUAAGAGGCUGCUAUGCAAUAUCUGUGAGUGGUAAACUUCCAGGUCAUGUAGUACGGGAACUCAAGGCAAGAGGUGUUACUUACAGAACAAGGGACAGAACCAACCAGUAAUUAGCCUUAUCAGAGUUCCAUGUGGCUGAUAAACAAUACUAGAUUUGCCAUUUUGAAAGUGUAAUCAAUAGUUAUGGGAUAGAUAACAAGUAGAGGCACAUAUGAAGAUAUUUCUUGUUUACUUCUAAGCUGUAUAGACAUUUUCACAAUAUCUGACACGCCAUGAUAAAACAUUUUUUCGCUUUAAUUUUGUGGUCAUAAUGAGGGUAAUAAUAUAACUAAGUAGCAACAAAAGUAAAAAUGCAAAUCAUUGGUAGAAAUCAUCUCAGCUGUAUAUUUGUCAGCCUUUUGUGAAGAAUAUUCAUUAUUUUCUGGAGAUUCAGUUAAUAAAACUCAUUUGACCUGAA